CACCAGAGAUUCAGGUGAUUAUUUCAGUGUCCUUUCUUCAUGUUUUGGCAAAAGACAAGCAAGCAGAUAUGGACACGGUUGGUUUGAUCCGGACCGGUCCCCUCCUCAUUUUCUCCAUUUGUGUGGGUGUCAUUACUGGAAGUCCUUUAGCUACUUCAGUCAUAAAUUGUGCUGAGGACACCAAUACACUCGUGGGUACAGUGGAUGAAGGAUAUACAGGAGAUGUGGAGGUGUUCACAGGGAUCACAGCAGGAAGCAAUGUGAAGCUGGUGCCCAAAGUCUUUAACCAUCAUCUGGAGUUUCUGGAGCUGAGCUUCACGCUGGGAGAAACCAGCGCUACCGUUCGCACCAAGAAGCCGCUGGACGCAGACCUACUGGCAGCCAGUGACUCCACUUUGUAUUAUUCUGUCAUGUGUGACGGCCCUGUUAAGUACAACAACUCGCGCACAGUGAAAAUCACCGACAUCAAUGACCACAGUCCGGUUUUUGAACAGAAGACCUACAACAUUGACGUCUCUGAGAUCAAAGAAGUGGACAGCGUGGUUGUCCAAGUUAGGGCUACAGAUGGAGACAGCACUACAGCAAACAACUUAGUGACAUACUCCUACGCACCAACCUCAGAAGACUUUAGUUUGUUGAGCUCAGGGGAUUUUAUUUUGAAGAGACGUUUAAACUACAAUUUAGUCCAGAACUACAGCUUCCUUGUGACGGCCCGGGAUAACUGGGGUCUAAACGACACGGCCCCUGUGACGAUUAACGUAGAGGACUUUGAUAACUUGAAUCCCUUCUUCAGCUACAACGUGUACCAGGCCUUCAUUAAAGAGAAUCGGGAUGGGCAUUUCCAGACCAUUGAGCCGGCGGCGAUAGAAGCUAAGGACGGAGACAAAGGGAUAAUGAUUGCUUUAACUUACAGCAUCAGUGCAGUGUCUCCAGACAAGUAUCGGAGUAACUUCAACAUCGACUCCAGCAGUGGGGUUGUGUCUGUGACGACUGCUUUAGACAGAGAGGAAAUGGACGUCAGUGUGAUCGACGUCAGCAUCAAGGCGGCCCAGACAGACGACAUUUUGAAGACGGCUGCCGCUUUGGUGACCGUCAGUGUCGAGGAUGUGAAUGAUAAUCUUCCAGAGUUUGACCAGCCCAGCUACUCUGUAACUCUUCUGGAAAACUCUCCUGUGGAUGCUGUUCUGUUCAAACCCGUCGUCACCGACCUGGACGAGGGAGGAUUUGUGGGAACUUUGCGGAUCGUUCCAGAUUCUGCUCCUUUCUCUGUCGGUGCUGAUGGGACGGUCAGAGUGAAGAACUCCACAGUUCUGGACCGAGAGACCACUGAACUAUUCACAUUUCAGAUUGAAGCAAGGGAGGCCAAUCCCCCCCACAAUAAUGUAACGGUGCAAGUCAGUGUGACUCUUCUGGACGAGAACGACAACAGUCCUGUGUUCACCAGUAACACUUACGAGGGAAAGGUGUAUGCAAAUCAAACAGAGGGAAUGUCGCUGGUCCAGGUUAAGGCAGAAGAUCUAGAUGCCGACAAGAACGGGCAGAUCAAAUACUCGAUUGAAUUUGGGAACGACGACGGCUACUUCUCAAUCGAUGAAAACAGUGGAAACAUCGCGCUGGCUAAAACCAUUCCCCUGGAGGAAAACGUGCUUUUGGAGUUCCCUCUCUUCAUAACAGCCAGAGAUGGCGGCACGAUAUCCCGCUCCUCCUCAGCUAGGGUGAGCAUUCGUGCUCCUGGUGACUCCAAACCUCAGUUUUUACAAAAACUGUACCGUGGCACCGUAGAAGAAGAGCAGGAGCCAGGAGUUGUUAUUCUUACGGUUAACUUCCUCGCACUAUCUGCUGAGCGUCCCCCGACUCUCACGGUCGACACAGAAACCGACAAGUUCACCAUCUCCAACAGUGGUGAAUUCUCCACUAAAGUGAAGCUAGACUACGACGAGGCUCCACACAACUACACUGUAACGAUCUCCAUCUCUGACGGAUCUCACAGCGACAGUGCCGUGGUGGUAGUUCAAGUCACAGACGUCAAUGAUAACGGUCCUGUUUUCACCUCGAGUUCUGUCACAAAAUCAGUCCCAGAGGACGCAGAGCUAGGAUCCAACGUUACUGUUGUUCCGGCUACAGACAAAGACAGCAGCUUCAACAAGGAGAUCAGAUACUCCCUGAGAGGAGGAGAGGGGCGGUUCUCUGUGGACGCUGUUUCUGGCAUGGUGAGUGUUGCUGCUUCACUUGACAGGGAGACUAAGGCUGAGUACGAGCUGCUGGUGGUGGCUGAAGAUCAGGGUCGUCCAGUCCGCUCCGCCUCAGCCUCCCUGCUGAUUGAAGUCACCGACAUCAACGAUCACAUCCCAAAGUUCUCACAGUCUGAGUAUCAAGCUGAAGUCCUGGAGACAGAGUCAGUGGGUUCAAUCCUGCUAAGUGUAUCAGCUUCAGACCCUGAUGAAGAAGCAAAUGGAAGAGUUACUUACAGUGUUUUCCAGCAGAGUCCUUCGUCAGAUACUCCUGUGUUUGCGUUGGACUCUUCCUCUGGGACUCUGCGUCUGCUCCAACCUCUGGACUACAGCCUGGUGAAGGAGUACAGGCUGGUGGUUCAGGCCUCUGAUGGCGGGACUCCCUCUCUGGUAGGGAACGGCUCUGUGGUGCUGAAGGUGAAGGACGUGAACAACAACCCUCCUGAGUUCAGUAAGGAAAGAUACGAUGUGACCGUCUCUGAGAACCUGGCUGGGGGUUCGUCCAUCCUGAGCCUGGAGGUCACUGACAGAGAUGAGGGCGGAUUCUCUGACGGUUACUUCAUCUAUAACAACGAUACCUUCGACAUCAACAAUCAAGGUGUGGUCUCCCUGAGGAAGGACGUCACUUUGGACAGAGAGACAAAAGACAGCUACAUUUUACAGGUGGUGGCAGUGGAUCAGCUGGUUGACGGGCUCAGAGCCACGGCUCAGCUCAACAUCUCCGUCCUCGACUACAACGACAACGCCCCGCAGUUCCCGAUCAUCCCCGACCCCCUGCUGGUCCCGGAGGGCGACUACUCCGAGAAAAACCCUGCAGAAAUUCUCAUGAUCGUGCCCACAGACGCCGACCUCGGCCCCAACGGAGAAGUCACCCUCUCCCUCGCCUCCCCUCACCCACUGUUCAGAUUCAGAGAGGACGGGAUGCUGCUGGCUGUCGGACCUCUGGAUCGGGAGAGCAAGGAAACAUAUGAGCUGGUGGUGAAGGCCUCAGAUAACGGCAGCCCUCAGAGAGAGAACAUCACCACCAUCAGAGUGAGCCUCGUGGACGUCAACGACAACAGACCUGAGUUCAGCUCCAGCAGCUUCGUCAGCAGCGUCCUGCUCAAAGACGCCGAGGAGGGCAAAGCUGCUGCUGACGCGUGUCCGCCUCCGACAGAGACCAAGGGAACAACUCGCUCAUCAGAUACAGUUUCUCAAGAGGGAAGUUCUCCAUAUCUGGCGCUGAACAGUGAGACCGGGGCCGUGACCU